AUGGCUACAGAAGGGCAAACGUACACCAAUUUGAAGAAGGCCUCCAACAUGCUUGGGGAGCCGGUGAUCUCGUCCAUCUCAGAGGUCCCAAUUACCACCCAGCGGAAGCCGUUCCUGCAGCCCGAGGAUGACCAGAGACUGUCCCACACUGGCACUGCUCGGGCCAACAUCGCUGCGACGCACGAUCGUCCGAACGGCACGACGGAGUAUGAUUGGAACAAAAUCCAUCGUCAUCAAACUGUGUUGCAACAACACUGCGAGUUCUUCGACCGUGACCAAGAUGGUGUCAUCUGGCCACUGGACACCUUUGUUGGAUUUUACAAGCUUGGCUUUGGACUCAUUCUCUCAACACUCUCGGUCUUCAUCAUUCACGGCAACUUCUCCUACCCCACAGUGCGCGGGUACCUACCCGAUCCCUUCUUCCGCAUCUUCAUCGACAACAUUCACAGGGAUAAGCACGGAAGUGACAGCGGCGCAUACGACACGGAGGGCCGUUUCAGCUCUCAAAAGUUCGAAGACAUCUUUGCCAAGUAUGCCGAGGGCAGGGACUACAUGACCAUUGGUGACAUCUUUGCCAUGCUCAAGGGCAACCGGGUGAUUCUCGACCCUGUUGGCUGGGGAGGCGCAUUCUUUGAAUGGAUGGCCACUUAUAUCAUGCUCUGGCCUGCCGAUGGCCGAAUCUGGAAAGAAGAUGUCCGUGGAAUUUAUGACGGCAGCCUGUUCUACACUAUUGCUGCCCGAAGAUCACAAAAGAAGGAUGUCCAAUCUAAACACAACUAG